AUGGCAAAGCGUCGAGUUUCCCGUGGCAUUGAUUGGUACCGAGUACCUAUUGACGAAGUCUUUAAGAAAUUAGGGUGUAACAAUGGCGGCCUCACUUCUGUGGCUGUUGAAGAAAGAUUACGUCUCUUUGGGCCUAAUAUCUACCAACAUAAAUCAGCUAAAAGAAACUAUGUUCAAUAUCCUUGCUGUAUUUAUCUACCUGGUGAAUUACAGGAAGCAAAUUUCUUGAAGUUUUUGCAUUCAAUUUUGAAUCCUCGAAUGUUGGCUACAAUCAUUGCCGUUGUCAUUGGAUGGGAUCAGAAUUUUAACUGGCCAUGGCCAGUGAUGGUUGUGGUCAUUCUUCUGCAUUUGAUGACUUCAUUAAAUAUUAUUAAAUCGGAAAAUGUCAUUAAUGAAAAUCUUACUACCCUUAUGACACCUCUAGCUAAGAAAGUAAAGGUUCUACGAGAUGGUAGGUGGACUGAGGAACAUAGUACUUUGUUGGUUCCUGGGGACGUGAUCAAUAUUGAAGCUGGAGAUAUAAUACAAGCUGAUGUUCGUCUACUUGGAGAAUACCCUGUAGUUAUUGAUGAGUAUGUGAUAACAGGACAAGAUAUGUCUCUAGUUAUUAAAAGAACAGGGGAUGCUGCUUAUUCUAGCUGUAUUUGUGAACACGGAACAUCUGAAGCUGUGAUUGUUGCUACUGGCAAUCAAACCGCGUUUAGGAAUAAAGUUUUCCCAGAUGACACACCCCACAAAGUUAGAUAUUUAGAAAGGGUCUUAGCUGGCAUAUGGAAUGUUUGCAUAUGUAUGGUUGCUGUUGGGAUGUUGGUGCAAAUUGCUGUGAUGUAUCCAUUUCAGCACCGUGCUUUUCGUACCGGAAUUGACAAUCUGCUUGUAAUCCUUAUUGCUGGAAUUCCCAUUGCUCCCCAUGCCAAUGUUUCAUUUAUAAUAUACCGAGGCUCUCAAAUCCUUGCCCUCAAGGGUGCUAUCUUGAAGAGAUGGGCUGCAAUAAAGGAGAUAGCUGAUAUGGAUGUACUCUGCACUGAUACUUCUGGAAUCCUUGCAAUGAACAAGCUCACAGCUGAUAAGAAUCUUGUUGGUCUGGGUACUCUUGCGAAAUUGGUUACAGUGUCUUCCUUGCUUGAGCACAACAAAGAUAAGACAACUUCUGCCUCAUUGUUUGAUGAUCUGAUUGAAAAACCUAAUGCUUCCUCAGGUAUUUUUUCAGAGUCCACAUAUGGAGUUGUUGAGCAGUUGCAAGCUAGGAAGCUUAGAUGUGGGAUGAUUGGAAAUGAUAUCAAUGACGUCCCUGCUCUGAAGAAGGCUGACAUAGGGAUAGCCACAGAAAAUGCAACUGAUGUAGACCGCAGAGCUUCUGAUAUUGUUCUCACAGAGCCUGGUCUUAAUGUUAUCAUUAAAGCAGUGCUAAUCUGUCGAAAAAUAUCACAGAAGAUUAAAGAGUACCUUAUAAACACCCUUGCAAUGACAGCCCACACAAUUCUUGUUUUCAUGCUCCUCACUUCCAUUUGGAAAUUUGAUUUUCCACCCUUGUUGAUGCUUCAAAUUGUUGUCUUUGACGAAGUUUUAAGUUGUACUUUUGCACCCUAUCGAGUUAAACAAUCUCUUCUGGUGGCUGAUCGAUGGGGAAUGCUUGACAUAUUAAAACUUGGAAUAGUUAUAGGUGUUUACUUGGCUUUGGGGACGAUCAUUUUUUUCUGGACUGCAUGUGAGACGGACUUCUUCCAGAGGGUAUUUGGAGUUGCAAGUCUGUUGGUGGAAGCGCCUCAUAGUAACAACGCAAAGCUUGUAGCUGCAGUAUAUCUUCAAGUUAGCAUCAGUUUGCACAGCUUAAUAUUUUUUACUCAGUCAAGAAAAUGGUCAAGUGUCAUUCGUGAUGGAAGCGCUGUUCUAAUGUUCCUGGUUGUUCAACUGUUGGCGAACCUCAUUGCUGUUUAUGCUGAUUGGGGUGCACUUCAAGGCAUCGGUUGGAGUUGGGCUGGUGUAAUUUGGCUUUACAACAUCAUAUUAUACAUUCUGCUUCUCUCUAUCAAGGUGCUUGGUGCAUUUAUGUUGUCAUUAUUAAGCAGAAGUUAA